AUGGACACUUCCGAGGCUGUGACCGGCGGGUCUAAGCAGCUCGAGCUGAGUCUCGUCGCUUGGAUCUUCACGAGCUUUGCUAUUGUGACCGUCUUUGGUAAAAUAUAUACGACGACAUUUGUGCUUCGGCGGCCUGGCUGGGAUGAUUUGAUGAUUUUCUUGUCACUGCUGGCCAGUAUUGUCGCCUCAGGUCUCAUCCAAGCAUCUGUCGAUCUGGGUUUAGGAAAGCACACGGCAGAAGUAAAGGCUCAACCAGGGGGUUCAGCUGGAAUGGUGAUGACGAAGAAGCUUCAAGUCCUUGGGUAUCCAUUCAAUAUCUUGGCCUAUAGUCUUCCGAAUGUCGCUAUCUUGAUCCUCAUCGAACGAAUAGUCGGAUAUACCGAAACCGUGUCUCGGGCAUUCUUACGAGGGGUGGUGGUUGCCCAACUUAUCCUCGCCUUUGUUUCGGUUAUCGUCAUUUUCGUCCAGUGCCAGCCAACGGCAUAUUCGUGGGACCAGACGAUCGAAGGGGGUAAAUGCUGGGACCCGAACGUGUUCAACUACACCUCCUAUGUUGUCAGCGCAGUUACCGCCUUUACCGACCUAGUGCUCGCGGUGGUUCCUAUCUCCGCGUUCUGGAGGCUCCAGAUAAAACUUCACCAAAAGAUUGAGAUGGCUGUCAUGCUUGGGCUCACUCUCAUCUCUGCCAUCUUCACAGUCGUCAAGGCAACAUAUCUGCCUUUGUUCAAUGACCGAAUUGAUCCACUGUACAAUGUUGUGAUCUUGGUUGUCUGGGGUCUUAUCGAGCAAAAUGUCGUCAUUAUGGCGGCGAGCAUUCCAACUCUUCGACCGUUAUUCCGCCAUAUAAGGAAGAAGGGACCUUUCACGACCCCUACAAGCUAUAUCCGGAGCGGGAAUAAUACGAAGGAGCGAAGAACGUCGGUGUCGGAGCUGCCACUGGAACAGAUGAAGGUCAAUGUGGCUCGGGGAAGUAGGAGAAGCUUUGAAAUGCACAACUCUUCAGAGGAGCUUCACGAGGAGGAGCGACCACAGGCCGCGACACGUUGGUAA